CAUUUGCUCUACUGGGAAAUGUAAACAUGGACUUCUCUUCCAAUAUGCAUUAAAUUUCAAUUAUUAAGCUAAGAGCACGGAUGUGUGACCAUAGUUCAAAAGAUAAGUGUUUGCUGGGGAUUCAAUACUUUGUAUAUUUCAUUCAUUUACUUUUAAAGUGAACACAAUUAGGUAAGUAUUAUUUUAUUAUUUAGAUGAGGGAACUGAGGUACAGAGAGGCCGAGUAACUGUUUUAGAUCACUCUAGGGAUUCCUAAAAUCAGAAUCUGGAUCCAGGCAACCUGACUCCCAAGUCUGAACACUUAAAUGUUAGGCCCUCCUCAACAAUGUUUUUGGUUUAAUGGUGAUGUCUGUAACUAAUUAUGUGACUUGAGAGUUUAAACAAAUAUUUAAAAGCAAAAUUCUUUUAAUUCAGGAAUACACUUAUUUAUUUCUAACUUUUCCCCAAGUUAGACAUUUAAGUCAUUGGUUCACAAUAGGGGAUGAUUUUGUCCUCUAGGAGGUGUUUGGCAAUGUAUGGAGACAUUUUUAUUUGUCGCAACUGCGGGGGAGGAUGUACUGUAUAUCUAGAGGCCAGGUGUGCUCCUAAAUAAACUCUAGUGCACAGAAGAGCCUCCAGAGCAAAGAAUUUUCCAGCCUAAGUGCCAAGGUCAAGAACCCCUUGUGCAGGUGAAGAUAAGCUGGAGGACAUGCAUACACCUGUCAAUGAUGACAAAGAGGAGGGUCCAGUUAGUUGUCCAGUUGAUAUAUAUUUAUGCAGUGUUGCAGGCUGUAGGGCAUGCCAGGAAGAAUAUAUGUUAUAAUUUCCAAAUGCACAUCCUAGUCUGAGGGAUAAGACAUGGUACAGAACAGGACAAUCAUCUGCUAGCUGUUCUGGAAGUGAUUUUGAGAGCAGUAGGGUCUCAGAGAGGGAAUAUCCAUGCAGGAUUGCAUCAGGCUUCAAGGAGGUGGCACCUGGAGCAGACACCUGAAGAUGGAGCAUUUGGUGGAGAAAAGCAUGGACUCUGUGACUCCACCGGCUUACCCGGCCACUAUUGCCUUAAGCUGCCAGGAGCCUGAGAAGAUGAAGGCAUCUGUGGUUCUCUCCCUCAUUGGCUACCUAGUGGUUCCAAGUGGUGCUGCUAUCUUGGGGCGCUGCGUGGUAGCUAAGAAGCUCUAUGAUGGAGGCCUGAAUUAUUUUGAGGGCUACAGCCUUGAAAACUGGGUGUGCCUGGCUUAUUUUGAGAGCAAGUUCAACCCCAUGGCCAUCUACGAGAACUUGCCUGGUGGCUACACUGGCUACGGCCUCUUUCAGAUUCGCGACUGGGACUGGUGCGACAGGGGCAGGAACCUCUGCCACAUGUCCUGCUCUGCUUUACUGAAUCCAAAUUUGAAGAAGACAAUUGAAUGUGCCAAGAAAAUUGUAAAAGGAAAAGACGGGAUGGGAGCAUGGAUCACCAGUAAAUGUUGAAUAGAAGUGAUGAUAGUGGCAUCCUUGCUCAUUCCCAAUCUCACAGGCCCUCCUGGUCCCUGAACUGCAGGUUCGCUGACAAUCUGGCGCGGUGGUUGGAUGGUUGCAGACUUUAUCGGCAAGGGUGGCCCCGACAACACUCUCCAGUGGCACCUUCCAAAUGAAGAUGCUUUUCUGUAAGCUAUCUUCCCUCAAUCCUGUUGAUUAUCUCCCCGCUUGGCAGCUCCAGAUGGAACAGGACAAAUUCUGCUUUAUCGGGGGAUGCAGAAUGCAGAAUAAACCAGCUACUUACUCAAAAGGA